CAUUAAUAAUAAAUUCCCCAAUUAAUAAUAAUGAACUUUCUUACCUUAGCAUCUAUUGCCCUUGCAUCUGCCGUUGUUAACGCUGCUGACUCUUCUAAAAUUGCCACUGAUGUCACUGCUAGUGUUGGAUCUGAAGCCUUAUGGGAACAAUAUAGUACUGCCUUUGACAACUAUAGUGAUUUCUAUUCAUACUUCUACAACACAAACGAUCAUUACCCAACCUACACUGUUGGUGAUUUCACCGAUUACUUUGGUAAAUAUCCUGCCUUGAGUUCUUGGAUGACCAACUACAACUCUUUGGUUGCUGCCAACCCAAGUAGUGCUGCUGAAAUUGCUUCUUCUCUUCAAGAACAAUCCGUUUACUCUGCUUGGAUUCACCAAUGGUCUGCUGUUUCCACCACUAGUUCUGGUUCUGGUUCCGCCACCAAAUCUAGCUCUGAAGUUUCCAAGACUGAAGAUUCUUCUUCUGGUUCCGCCACUGACCUGGCUCACAUCACCAGCGGUGCCUCUGCUUCCUCUUCUGGUUCCAAGUCCGGUGCUUCUUCCUCCGGUGCUUCUUCUUCUUCUACUACUUCCUCUAAGAACAUGGGUGCUGGUGUCUAUGCUCCUGCUGGUCUUCUUGUCGGUGCCGUUGCCGUUGCUUUGCUUUAGAUAAGCGAACACUACAUAUUAAUUAACGAAUACAAAAUACGAAAUUCAUC